AUGAGUCGCCGAAACGAUUCCGGGCUUCCUGCCAACCAGCCCAAUCUUCGAGUGACGAUCAUCGCCGCGGACGGGCUUUACAAGCGCGAUGUAUUUCGCUUUCCCGACCCGUUCGCUGUCGCGACCAUCAGUGGCGAACAGACACAGACAACCGCUGUGUCCAAGAGGACGCUCUGCCCCUAUUGGAACGAGAGCUUUGACUUCAAAGUAAACGAGGACAGCAUUCUGGCAGUCCAAGUCUUUGACCAAAAGAAGUUCAAGAAGAAGGACCAGGGCUUCCUUGGUGUUAUCAAUAUUCGCAUUGGCGACGUGAUAGAGCUUGCUCCAGACGCUGAUGAUCAAAUGCUUACCAGAGACCUGAAGAAGUCGACUGAUAAUCUCGUCGUCCAUGGCAAACUGAUAAUCAAUCUUUCUACCAACCUGUCCAGCCCACCAAGAGGACAAGCUGCGAAUAACCGACCAUCGCUUGCUAGCCCGCACCCCUCCGCUGCAGGGUCUCUCAACCCCGAUCGCUCGUCCGAACGCCCGACCUCGGCCAUGGGAAAUCCAAGUGGUAGUACGAAUGGCAACCCGGCGAAUCUUCCGCACCGACCUGCCAGUAUGACAGCACCGUCGUCGUCAUCGCAGCCACCCCCGAAUGGCGCCCCAGCACCACGCGGAAACAGCACACUGAGCCCCUUUGAGGAUGCGCAGGGACGUCUACCGCCCGGCUGGGAGCGCCGAGAAGACAACCUGGGCCGUACUUACUAUGUUGACCAUAAUACACGAACAACGAGUUGGAACAGACCCAGCGCCAGCGGGGCAGUCAACACGGCGAGGCAAGAGGAGUCUACACAAGUCGAGCGACAGAGGCAUCAAAACCGCACACUGCCCGAAGAUAGGACGGGUUCUAGCUCCCCUACACUACAGGCUCAGCAGGCCGCACAGAGUGCCAAUGCUCAGACAAUGAUGCAUACUGGGGCCACAAGCCCUGGCACGGGCGAGCUUCCUCCUGGGUGGGAGCAGAGAUUCACACCCGAGGGACGACCUUACUUUGUCGACCACAAUACCAGGACCACGACUUGGGUUGAUCCCCGGAGGCAGCAAUACAUUAGGAUGUACGGCGGCCAGAACAACGCCAGUGGGACCAUCCAGCAGCAGCCAGUGUCUCAACUGGGUCCCCUUCCGAGCGGAUGGGAAAUGCGUCUUACCAACACAGCUCGGGUUUAUUUCGUCGAUCACAACACGAAAACGACGACUUGGGACGACCCACGGCUGCCAUCUUCGUUGGACCAGAACGUGCCGCAAUACAAGCGCGAUUUCCGACGCAAGCUCAUCUACUUCCGUUCCCAGCCGGCUAUGCGCAUUCUUUCCGGGCAAUGCCAUAUCAAGAUCCGUCGAUCGCACAUUUUCGAGGAUUCAUUCGCCGAAAUUUCGCGCCAGUCUGCUACUGAUCUGAAGAAGCGCCUGAUGAUUAAAUUUGAUGGCGAGGAUGGUCUCGACUAUGGCGGUUUAUCCCGAGAAUUCUUCUUCCUUCUUUCUCACGAGAUGUUUAACCCUUUCUACUGCCUAUUCGAAUAUUCCGCACACGACAACUACACCCUUCAAAUCAACCCUCACUCAGGUAUUAAUCCUGAACAUCUUAAUUACUUCAAGUUUAUUGGGCGCGUGGUGGGCUUGGCUAUCUUCCACAGGCGUUUCCUUGAUGCCUUCUUCAUUGGCGCAUUGUAUAAGAUGAUCUUGGGCAAGUCUGUAGUCCUGGCAGACAUGGAGGGUGUGGAUGCCGACUUCCACAGAUCUCUCCAGUGGAUGCUGGACAACGAUAUCUCGGGUGGCAUACUGGAGCAAACCUUCUCCACAGAAGACGAGCGUUUUGGUGUGAUCACUGUCGAGGAUCUCAUUCCGGGCGGCCGCGACAUCGACGUCACCAAUGACAACAAGAAGGAGUAUGUCGACUUGAUGGUCAAAUGGCGGAUUGAGAAACGUAUUGCGGAGCAAUUCCAGGCUUUCAGGGAGGGAUUCCACGAACUCAUCCCUCAAGACCUCAUCAAUGUGUUCGAUGAGCGUGAGCUCGAGUUACUCAUCGGCGGUAUCGCCGAGAUCGACGUGGACGAUUGGAAGAAGCAUACAGAUUACCGUGGAUACACCGAAAGUGAUGAGGUCAUUCAGUUCUUCUGGCAGACGGUGCGAAGCUGGGACGGAGAACAGAAGAGUCGACUGCUGCAGUUCACGACUGGAACAUCGAGGAUCCCGGUCAACGGCUUCAAGGAUUUGCAAGGCAGCGAUGGGCCGCGUAGAUUUACCAUCGAGAAGGCGGGUGAGGUCAACAAUUUGCCCAAGGCACACACUUGUUUCAACCGCUUGGACUUGCCGCCAUACAAGUCACUUGAGCAGUUACAGCAGAAACUCACCAUCGCGGUUGAAGAGACCAUGGGUUUCGGACAAGAAUAA